AUGCUGCCCUGGUUUCUUGUCUUUUCCACUCUGGGUCUUCCAGCCUGGGGUGUUUCCUCCUGGGACAAAACACAAACUAAACAGGUGUCAGAGAGGUUACAGUACCUGUUUGGCAACAUCUCCCAACUCAUUGAAAAAGGCAAACUGGAUCUUGAUGAUGUCUUCACCAUAGUCUUUCGCAAGGAGUGGGGGGCGGAAGCUGUUGGCUGCAGCUCUCACCUGACCAGGCCAGUGGAUGCCCUCAUCACACACCAUAUCCAUGGACUGGAGUGCCAUAACCAGACUGUCUGUAGUCAGAGGCUUCGUGAACUGCAGGCCUAUCAUGUCCACAACAACAGUGUAUGUGACGUGGCCUACAACUUCCUGGUUGGGGAUGACGGCAGGGUGUAUGAAGGUGUCGGCUGGAACAUCCAAGGCUUGCACACCCAAGGCUACAACAACAUAUCCCUGGGGAUAGCCUUCUUUGGCUCCAAGGAAGGCCUCAGUCCCAGCCCUGCUGCCCUGUCUGCUAUGAAGGGCCUAAUCUCCUAUGCUGUCCAGAAGGGCCACUUGUCAUCCAGGUAUAUACAGCCACUUCUUGUGAAAGGCGAAAAGUGCCUGGUCCCUCCGCAGAAGGCAAGGCCAAAGAAAGCUUGCCCCAACAUUGUUCCACGGUCUGCUUGGGGCGCUAGGGAGACCCACUGCCCCAAGAUGACCCUGCCUGCUAAGUAUGUCAUCAUCAUCCACACUGCUGGGAGAACCUGUAGCAUGCCUGAUGAGUGCCGACUGCUGGUCCGAGACCUCCAGUCCUACUUCAUGGACAGCCUCAAUAAAUGUGACAUUGGAUAUAACUUCGUUGUGGGCCAGGAUGGUGGUGUUUAUGAAGCGGCAGGCUGGAAUGGCCAAGGCUCCCACACAGCUGGCUACAAUGACAUUGCCUUGUCUGUCACCUUCAUGGGCAUCUUCUCAGGUACCCCACCCAAUGCUCUAUCACUAAAGGCAGCCCAAGACCUGAUCCAAUGUGCUGUGGACAAGGGGCACCUAACCCCUAACUACCUGCUGAUGGGCCACAGUGAUGUCACCAACACUCUGUCCCCUGGACAGGCUUUGUACAACAUCAUCAAGUCAUGGCCUCACUUCAAACAUUGA